UGCUCCUAAUGUCAGAUGUUGAGAAAGGGACGGGGGAGGGGCACCACUUCCGCUUUGCCAUCACUAUGUCGGAGACCAGCGAGAAGCCGGAGACGCUGCCGGUUGCUGCGGCUCCCGGCUGUUCUCCCGAGGAAGGGGGCCGAGGGGAAGGUGGGGAGGAAGAAACCUCUGAAAAUGGAGGAGGAGGCGUCGCGGCGGGAGCGCUCGACGCGACUCCCCCCUCGGCUCUUUCCCCGGUGGCCGAAGAACCUACGGGAGACACGAAGAAGAAAAUUGAUGUGUUGCUCAAAGCUGUUGGAGAUACUCCUAUAAUGAAGACCAAGAAAUGGACUGUAGAAAGAACUCGAACAAUACAAAGCCUAAUUGACUUCAUCAAAAAAUUUCUCAAACUUUUGGCAUCUGAACAGCUGUUUAUUUACGUGAAUCAGUCCUUUGCUCCUUCACCAGAUCAGGAGGUUGGAACAUUAUAUGAGUGUUUUGGAAGCGAUGGCAAACUUAUAUUGCAUUAUUGUAAAACCCAGGCCUGGGGAUGAAUUAAUAGCUACAGUUGCUUAAGACUAUUAGAUAGUGGAUUGUCUAAAAUAAUCUUCAGAGACAUUCCCCAUGGACAAAUGAAAGAAAUGUCUGCACUACUUCUUUUUCUUCUUCUUCUCUUUUCUCUGUAACAGCAUAGGAGAAAAGUACAGAAACACAUACUGAGGAAUGUUUAUAGUACAAUUUCUUUGAUGAUUUUCUUGCAGAAAUUAAUCUGCCAUCUUUACAGCUGAAUUUAGCAUUUAUUGUUCCAAGAUUUGGCAUGUCUGUUCCUGGGAAACAGGUUCAUGCCUGACAUGGAGAGUACAUUUCAGCAAGCUGCGUGGAGUUUACAGUCUCGCUCUUUGAAGGCGCUUUAUUGUAUAUGGAAAGCUUAAAAGCAUCUACAUCUGAGAUAAAUGUACACAUUUUCUAUUUGGUCUUGUCUGUGAUUCUUUAUUUUAAAUGCAAUUUAUCACACUCUCUAAAUGAAACAUGCAGUAAAUGUUCUCACCAUGUAUAUCUCAAUAGGUGCUGAUGAGCAAAACUCUGGUCUGCACACCUUCUAUUAUCAUAAACUUCAUUUCAACUUACUUUUUUUUUCUUUUUUGGUUUUAAACAGAACUUUGCCAAACAUUACUUCUCCAUGCACACAGAAAACAAAUUUCCCUGUAAUUUUUGCAUUCUUUUUUGAAGUCUAUAAGUGGAAAAUAAUCACAUUCUUCUAAUUAAGCUCAGAUACAAUCUUCAUACAUUAAAUUUGAGAACCACUUCAAAAGCAAACCACAUUCAGCAUUCUUUCUCAUCCAUGGUAUAAAUAUUUUUUCUAUUGUGUGGCCUUUACUUCUUUCCAUUUAUAUGUUAAUCCAAAUGUUAUGUGCAAAGCCA